AUGUCUCAGAGUUUCAAAGAAGAGUCAAGAGUGGCGUCUUGGUGUAAGAAGUAUUUGUUGGAAGGCCAACAACUCGACGAGAAACACGCUGAGAAGGUGUUGAACUUCCCGGUCAACGCCACCUUUGCCGACUACAUUCUUAUCAAGUAUCGAAAGUUUGUUGCGGUCUUGAUUCCGUUUUGUAUCAUUCAUAGCAUCUGGUGGGCGACCGCUUUCAAGCAUGACUUCUUCCAAUACUACCCAGAAUACUGGCAUAUGCCUGUCACUAUGGUCGUUGGUGCCCUAAUCUCUGGUAUGACAGCUGAAGGAGCCGGUGCAGUGGCUUUUCCAGUAAUGACAUUGGUUCUUCAUUUGGCUCCGUCGAUAGCGAGAGAUUUUGCGCUGAUGAUUCAGUCGAUUGGAAUGAUGGCUGCCCUCGUCUGCGUCGUCUUCAUGAAAGUGAAAUUCUCCGAGCGUGCAGUGAUAUUCGGAAUCGCCGGUGCCAUACCAGGUUUCAUUUUCGGAGUCCAUAUCAUUGACCCCCUGUUUACUGGUGCUCAAAAAAAGAUGCUCUUCGUCUCAAUCUGGACUUCAUUCGCGUUCGCCUUGGGAAUUCUGAAUUCCCAGAAGAAACGACCGACGUUUGUGAAGAUUCCAGAAUUCUGCGCGUGGAAAGCGGGGAUUCUGUUGUUAACCGGAUUUGUCGGGGGCGUCUUUGACGCGUUUGCCGGGAGUGGAAUAGAUAUUUGUAUGUUCUCAACGUUGACGCUGUUCUUUAGAGUUAGUGAGAAGACUGCCACACCGACGACAAUGAUUUUGAAGGGAAUCGUCUCCAUGUUCGGAUUCUACUACCGCGCUGUCCAAAUGGGCGACAUCUCGGAAAUCGCGUGGAAAUAUUUUACUUGUACUAUUCCAGUAGUGGCGACUAUGGCGCCUAUCGGCUCUUUCCUCGGUUCUCAUCUCCAUCGUCAAGUGAUAGCCGCUUUGAUCUACAUUCUGGAAGCAGCGUCGUUGGUUGGGUUUCUAUUGACUAAACCGACAUGGUUCUUGAUUAUUAUGUCGGUCGUCAUAAUAGCCUGUGGUUUUGUGUUCUUCCAAGUGAUGGCAAAGAUAGGAGAGAUGCUUAUGAAAUAUAUCGAUCCGAAAAUAGGAGAAGACGCGAAACAUAAGAUUGAGGAGAAAGAGGAGCUGCAUUUGGAGUUGGAGCCGACUAAUUUAUCAUUUGCAUGA